AGACUAUAAUUAUAUUGUACAAGAGUGUAACACAUCCAAUUCAUAGAUUUUUUUAAAAAGAAGAAUGUCGUCUGCUGCGCACAGUCUGUAAAUUUCAGUAGAGCUUGAGUGGAGGCCUUUUAUGGAUGCGCAAUUUUCUAUGUUACUUUGAAGACGUUCUGAAAAUCGGGUAUUUGUGCUUGAUUGUUGAUUAUGCACCUCGACAACUGGUAUGGAAAUCGUUGUGUGGAAAAUGACAUGAUUUAUUUAAGCAUCACCUCUCGCGAUAAGUCAACAUGGCUCAGGCAGUUGUAACGUGUGAACUGUGUGAGGAUGAUCCUGUUCUCAUGCAUUGUAAUUCCUGCCACAUUAACCUUUGCAGUGAAUGUGUUGGGAAACACGUUUCUUCCUUGCUCUCCAAACAACACGACGUAGUAGGUUUUCAGUACCGGAAAAGUGACGUCACACUUCCAGAUUGUCAGAGCCACCUUUAUCAAAAAUGUGACAUUUACUGCAAAACCUGUAAAUUUCCAAUAUGCAGCAAGUGUGUUGUCUCUCCAGAACACAAGCAACAUGAGAUAACCGACAUUAUUGACGAGUAUCUAACAAGAAAAGAACUGCUUUCACAAGAGGCGACCAUGCUUGAAAAAUUUGUCAUCCCAGAGCUCGAUAACGUGGAGAGUUCUCUAGGAUCUAAUAUGACCAAAUUAACAAGAGAAUACGAUUCUGUUACCAAUUUGCUAUCGAAAGAAGUUGAUAAGCUCUACAUUGAAAUAAGGAAGAAAGUCGAAGAAAAGAAAAUGUUGUUGCAGGAUUUGCAAGACAGUGAUGCCAGGGAGCUGCGAUCACAACUUGUUCAAAUUUCGAAAAGGAAUCUGACCGUUAAGCAAGUAGUUUCUGAUUACAAGGUAGCAUUGUCCGGAAAUAAUGUCGCUGCAGUAUUUUCUUGUCCAUACACGGAAAACCAAUUCCGAGAUAUUCCUUCCAUGGUUGGCAUUUGUGCCCCCAAAUAUUCUCCAACUUUAGAAUUUGAUCAAGUUCAAGCUCUCCUUGGUAAAAUAGAAAUCUUAGAUCGCUGUGUUGCCAAAAAUGGCUAUACAAUAUCCACAUCACAAAACACUCAGUCCUCUUGUGUGGAGAAAAAGAUUUUAGAGGAGCCAGAAUUGUUGAGUACAUUUCACACCGAGUAUGAGGAACUUCAGUCUAUAUUCUGUGUAGGCACCAAUGAGGUAUGGGCGGUUGGAAGUGUUCGAGGAACUAUGACAAGAUUUAACAUUGACGGUACUAAGUUAGAAACAUUGCAGGUCAUCCAAGGAUAUUCGCCUAACGACAUCCAUGUGGAUUACGAAGGGAACAUACUCUUCACUGUCAUGGGAGAAAGAAGUGUGGUCAUGUGGAAAAAUGGAAAACGGGAAGUAAUUGCCGCGUGGAAAAACUGGAAACCAACAGCAUUGUUUGUCAACAAGCUAGGACACAUACUGGUUUGCAUGAUGUCUGCAGACAAAAGAGAUGCACGGAUUGUCCGUUUAGUCAAAACAAAGCAAAAACAGAAGAUACAGUUUGAUGAAGGUGAACAAUUGUUCUUCAGGCCACUGGCUAUUGUAGAGAAUAAAAAUGAAGAUAUAUGUGUGGUCAAUAGUGGAACCAGAGGUGUUGUCGUAGUGAACAAGUCUGGGAUUCUGCGAUUCACCUACAGUGGGAAGGCGCCAUCCUUGACAUUCCGCUUUAAACCAACGUCGAUAGCCAUUGACAACAGGGGGCAAAUUCUGGUCACCGACGCCAUGAACAACUGUGUUCACAUUUUAGACGAGGAUGGAAAUUUUCUUCUUUCAAUAGGCAAAUCCAUGAUGAAUAUGCCAUCAGAUCUUGGUGUAGACGAGAAUGAAAAUCUUUGGAUUGGGGAGUUGCAUUCAGGAAAAAUAAAAGUUUUCAAAUAUUUAACGACUCGCCGCCCUGAUGGGAGUGUUCCCUCUGCUGAGAGUAGUCCAUCACAAUGACACAAGCGAAUGAACACAGUUUAUUGCAAUACGAUCCAGAUCGAUACCCACAACAGGAAUUAUCUGAUGCUAUGAUUCAUUCACCAUAUUUCAUAUGAAAGACAUUAGUAAUAAAACAUUUAUAAGUGGC